AUGACGACACCCAGAAAUUCAAUGAGUGGAGCUUUCCCAGCACAUCCUACGAAAGGCCCUAUGGCCAUGAAACCUGUUCAAAACAUUCCCAGGAAGGUGGAUCCUGUGGUGGGCCCCACACAAACCUUCUUCAUGAGGGAAUCCAAGGCUAUGGGGGCUGUCCAGAUUAUGAAUGGGCUCUUCCACAUUGCCCUAGGUGGUCUCUUGAUGAUCCAAAUGGAGGUCUAUGCACCCAUCUGUGUCACUGUGUGGUAUCCUCUCUGGGGAGGCAUUAUGUAUAUCAUUUCUGGAUCACUCCUGGCAGCAGCAAAGGCAAACUCCAGGAAGAGUCUGGUCAAAGGGAAAAUGAUAAUGAACUCAAUGAGCCUCUUUGCUGCCAUUUCUGGAAUAAUCCUUUUGACCAUGGACAUAUUUAAUGUUACAGUUUCCCAUUUUUUAAAAAUGGAGCGUCUGGACUCUGAUAAAGCCCCUGAACAAAUUAUUGACAUACACAACUGUGACCAACCUAACCCCACUGAGAAAAACGCUCAAAAUGUGAACUAUUGUUACAAAAUUCGAUCUGUGUUCUUGAGCCUUUUUGCAGUGAUGCUGAUCUUUGCCAUCUUCCAGAAACUUGUGUCAGCCGGCACUAUUGAGAAUGACUGGAAAAAGCUGUGCUCGAGAACCAAAGCUGAUGUAGUUCUCCUGUCGGCAGAAGACAAAAAAGAACAAGCAGUUGAAAGGAAAGAAGAAAUGGUAGAGUUGACUGAAAUAGCUGUCCAGUCAAAGAAUGAAGAAGACAUUGAAAUUAUUCCAGUGCAAGAAGAAGAAGAAGAAACAGAAACAAACUUUCCAGAACCUCCUCAAGAUCAGGAAUCCUCACCAAUAGAAAAUGAUAAUGCCUCUUAA